AUGGUUACAUUAGAAGAAUUAGAUAAUAUACCGGAAGAAGAUAAUUCUAUUGAUUUAGAAAUUCUACAAUCAUCAACAUCAGAUAUAAUAAAUAGAACUAAAUUAUUAGAUAAUGAUAUAAAAGUAAUGAGAUCAGAAUCUCAAAGAUUAACUCAUGAAAAAACAAUGAUGUUAGAAAGAAUUAAAGAUAAUCAAGAUAAAAUAAAUAAUAAUAAACAAUUACCUUAUUUAGUUGGUAAUGUAGUAGAACUAUUAAAUUUAGAUGUUGAUAAAGAAGCAAGUGAACAAGGAGCUAAUAUAGAUAUUGAUGCAGCAAGAUCAGGUAAAAGUGCAGUUAUAAAAACAUCAACAAGACAAACUAUUUUCUUACCAAUGAUUGGAUUAGUUGAUCAUGAAAAUUUAAAACCAAAUGAUUUAAUUGGAGUUAAUAAAGAUUCUUAUUUAAUAUUAGAUACAUUACCAUCAGAAUAUGAUUCAAGAGUUAAAGCAAUGGAAUUAGAUGAAAAACCUACUGAAACUUAUUCAAAUAUUGGAGGAUUAGAUAAUCAAAUUGAAGAAUUAAUAGAAGCUGUUGUAUUACCAAUGAAACAAUCUGAAAAAUUUAAAAAAUUAGGAAUAAAACCUCCAAAGGGAGCAUUAAUGUAUGGACCACCAGGUACUGGAAAAACAUUAUUAGCAAGAGCAUGUGCAGCCCAAUCUGGUGCAACUUUUUUAAAAUUAGCAGCACCACAAUUAGUUCAAAUGUUUAUUGGAGAUGGUGCAAAAUUAGUAAGAGAUGCAUUUGCAUUAGCAAAAGAAAAAUCUCCAACUAUUAUAUUUAUAGAUGAAUUAGAUGCAAUUGGAACAAAAAGAUUUGAUUCUGAUAAAAGUGGUGAUAGAGAAGUUCAAAGAACAAUGUUGGAAUUAUUAAAUCAAUUAGAUGGAUUUGGAUCAGAUGAUAGAGUUAAAGUAUUAGCAGCAACAAAUAGAGUUGAUACAUUAGAUCCUGCAUUAUUAAGAUCAGGUAGAUUAGAUAGAAAAAUUGAAUUUCCUUUACCAAGUGAAGAAGCAAGAGAAUCAGUAUUAAAAAUUCAUGCAAGAAAAUUACAUUGUGAUAAUGAUUCAAUAAAUUGGAGAGAAUUAGCAAGAUCAACUGAUGAAUUUAAUGGUGCUCAAUUAAAAGCAGUUACUGUUGAAGCAGGUAUGAUUGCUUUAAGAAAUGGUAAAUCUAUUAUAAGACAUGAAGAUUUUGUUGAAGCUAUUGGAGAAGUUCAAGCAAGAAAAUCUAAAUCUGUUAAUUUUUAUGCAUAA